GUUUCGCAUAUAGAUAAAUAAUUCACCUUCCUGGUUGGAGGGCUACCUUGUCAGGUAACUCGCGUUCUUUAAAUGAAAUGAUCACGGCAGAUGUCAGUACAGGAGGCUGUCUAGCUAACGUGUUAUAGGUUGGUAUCGUCGGACAGACUUUUGUGUUAAUUCAGGUCAUUUCACCGAACAGCGUCGCCUGCUCGGCUGCUCAGCGCUAGCAAAGAGGAGGAAAUUGAAGUAUACCAUCUGAAGCAGAAUACAGAGAUUUUGAGUGGGUCAUCAGGCAGUCUCCCUAUGUCAGGCCGAAACGGGUCUGCAAGUGAUGCAGACUGCCGGAUCUCUGAGGACUGCCAUGUCCCAGAUGUUGAGCUGAUGGAGCUGGGGCCACUGCUGGUGGAGGGAGGGGGGCGACAGGCAGCAUCUAAAGGCAUCCAUUCAGAGGGAGCUGCGAUGCUUGCUGAUGACGAGGAGGAGGAGGAUGAUGAGGUGGGAGAGGUCCUGACCUUACCUCUUCAGGCCCACCACGCCAUGGAGAAGAUGGAGGAGUUUGUACACAAGGUUUGGGAGGGGCGCUGGAGGGUCAUCCCUUUUCAUGUCCUGCCAGAGUGGCUAAAGGACAACGAUUACCUCCUGCAUGGACAUCGACCCCCUAUGCCCUCCUUCAGAGCCUGUUUUGGAAGCAUCUUCAGAAUUCACACUGAGACAGGAAACAUCUGGACUCACUUGUUAGGGCUGAUCUUAUUCCUUUGUCUGGGCACGUUAACCAUGCUGCGGCCCAACAUGUAUUUUAUGGCCCCGCUGCAAGAGAAAGUGGUGUUUGGGAUGUUCUUCCUGGGAGCUGUGCUCUGCCUCAGCUUCUCCUGGCUUUUUCAUACUGUCUACUGCCACUCUGAGAAAGUGUCUCGCACCUUCUCCAAACUUGACUACUCGGGCAUUGCCCUCCUGAUCAUGGGCUCCUUCGUGCCCUGGCUGUACUACUCAUUCUACUGUUCCCCUCAACCUCGACUUAUCUACCUCACCAUUGUAUGUGUCCUCGGCAUUGCCGCCAUCAUAGUGGCCCAGUGGGACCGCUUCUCUACACCUCGUCACAGACCUACAAGAGCAGGUGUGUUCAUGGGUCUGGGACUAAGCGGCAUUGUCCCCACGAUGCACUUCACCAUUGAGGAGGGUUUUGUUAAGGCUACUACAGUCGGCCAGAUGGGUUGGUUCUACCUGAUGGGUGCCAUGUAUAUCACUGGUGCUGGUCUGUAUGCAGCUAGGAUCCCUGAACGCUAUUUCCCUGGCAAGUGUGACAUCUGGUUUCAUUCUCAUCAGAUUUUUCAUGUUCUGGUCGUGGCAGCAGCGUUCAUCCAUUUCUACGGCGUUUCCAACCUACAGGAGUUUCGCUACGGCCUCGAGGGGGGAUGCACAGAUGACUCUCUACUCUGAGAGCCCUGAUUGUGACUUACUCGUACUCUUCUUUAAAGCCCCACAAACAACACACAUGCACACAAACACACAGACACACACUUAAAAUGCUGCUGGAAUUCAAUAUAGUCACUUAUUGCUCUGUCUGUACUUCUGAUUUGCUAACAUCCUGUUUGGGUUUUGGUGGUCUUUCUGCUUUGUAAAAGUAGCAUCAGCUAGCAAAUGAACUACGGAGGGAAUCUUCAACAGGCACUACUUCCUGAAUAAUUAUAAAGCCUAAAGUCUGCGUUUUCAAGGUCAAAAUGGGAAUUGAAACAAAAUCAUAUAUUCCUGUAACUGAUGGUCACUUCUUAGAAGCUCACUAGUUGUGCAACUUUUCCAUAGUCUGUUACCAUUGCACAAAAGGUAUGGAGAGUAUUAUUUGUGCUGUAGCAGAGAGCACAUACUGUAAACCAUUCCUUUUCUUCCCUACCAGUUCCCAUGCAGGCUAGAGGGCGAAUGUACUAUCAGCCAGGAGUAUCUUGUAGAGCAGUCCAGGACCAUUUAUGUGCUUGAGGGCCUGCGCACAAAUUUGUUUGAUGAGGAUGAAAGUAUAUACAUAUAGUGUGUAUGGAUGUCACCAUUUGUUUUUUUUUAAAAUUGUGCUGACACUGAUUGUGCAGCUUUCCAUUAAAACCUGUAGGACCACGACGAAGCCACCCAUGCCCACCCUGCAAUAAAACAUGAACUGUACUCUGAAAGCCCAGCCAGUGCUCUAAAAUCCCACUGAAACAAAAUAAAAUGCAUUAUUAUGAAAGGAACAUACAGCUUAAAUCUCAUAAAUAUGAUCUACAGAUGUGUCUGAGUAACACUAGGGAUAAUGGUAAUCAGAUUUUUGACGAAAAGGAAUCAGUGUGUUGGAUAUUUCUCAAUCUCCUUCGCAUUUGAUGCAUUAGUUUACUUGACAAAAGUCCCAAACAAAUGAUUUUCAAAUUGUCUAAUGGCACGGAAAAGCUGUAAAAGUUUGUAGCUUCUGUGGAAAAAUAUAUUAGCUCACUUCAGGUUAGACUAAGAUGCUUAAAAUGCUGAAGUGGGCAGAACUCACCUGCCAUCAUUUUUCAGUCAGAUGACACACCCUUAAUAGAUUUCUAGUGUAAUAGUUCCUGGGCUACGCACAAUGUACAGAUCUGGAUCGGUCAGAUUCUGUUUUUGUCAGCUAGAGAUCUUUCUUUUGUGCUAGAUUCCAGAUGCAAUGAGAGGUGUGAAUAUCAAAUGCACCUUAGUGUAUACUAUAAAAUUCGAAACUUUAAAUCACCAUAUGGGAUUUAAAAUGUGUUACGUAUGAUUGAUAUAAACUUUUAGUAUUCCUGUGCCUUAAGGCCAAUGGAAAUGUUUUUAAAUGAAACGGCCUAUCUUAACAUUCAAGGGAGCUUCAAGAAUUUCCAGAUGAUGACUUUUCUUGUUUUCCUUGCCAUAUAUAUAUACAAUCGAAUCAUUAUUGAACUUACAACUCCAUUGAUAGGUUGUAUCAACUGCUGUUUAAGACUCCUUUUUCUAGAUCAACUUAUUCAAGCUUUAUUACAAAGACUAAAACAAUGUGUAUUCUUGACUUUGUGUAAUGUCCUGUGUAGAAAGUGAUAAAUCAUACAUUUCACUGAAAUGUAAACAUAAAUAUUUAUUAAUGGUAAUCUUGGAAAAUUAUUGUAAUAAAUUUUUUUCCACAUGUAAAAACAUGUGUCCAGUUGUCUCCAACGCAUAUUCGAAGGUUCGGGCAAUACAAGCAGCUGGUGAGAGUGAUGUACACUCUGCAGAGUGAGCUGAUUUCUUAGAAAUGUAAGACCUUGACAUUUGAAAAUGUCACAUCUGCAGCAAGCAACAGUGCAGACAACAGGAUUCAACAUCUACCGCUCUGUCACUUGUCCAUAACUACAAAAUACCAUCAGUGUCCUAUCUUUAAAACAGUUUUACUUAACUCUAGGGAUCAGCAGUUAUUAUGUUUUGAGCACAUAAACCUUGGCUAAACAAUAGCUCCUCAUUUCCCAGUCAUCUGCUAGAAUUAGCUGCUGGUUGGAGAUCAGUGCUACUGAGAGCAGGAACAGUGGCAGAAAAGAUGUGAGGCAUGUGUUCAUGGUUGAUGAUGACAACUACAAAAUACUACAUAAAUGUAACGAAAUGCCAGACCAUCAGGAGUAUAAAUCGUACAAGCU